UAUGAAUCUAUUUUAAAAAUAAAAAAUUAAGGGCCUGUUUGUUUAGUGUUUUCAAGAACUGUUUUCUGUUCUUGAAAACAAAAAACACCAAAAACUUGUUUGGUUGAGAGAGUCAUUUUUGUUUUUGUUGUUCCCCGUGUUCUCAAAAUGGCACUAUUUAGAGAACAACAAAAUGUUGUUUUCCCCGUUUUUUUACUGUUUACAGAACAAAAUUAAAGAACAAAAAAACCAUCUGUUCUUCGUGUUUUUUUUUUCUUCCCGUUCUCAUCUCUUCUCCAGCACAGUCGCGUCGCCUCUUCUCCAGCACAAUCGCGACAUCUCCAGCAAGAAACAAAGAUGACAACUGAGAUAACAGAUGUUGAGGAUGCAGGAACAUGGAGAGGUAAUAUAGAGAAAAUCUUUAUUGACAUCAUGGUAAAUGAAGUUAAUAAAGGUAACAUGGAUAGUGGUACAUUUAGUACCAACACAUGGAGAAGGAUCUUACUUGAGGUCAAUAGUCAAGGGAAAAGAAAUUUCAACUUGAAGCAGCUUAAACAAAAGUUUAAUAGACUACGUGCAAUGCACCGUGAGUUCUCUGAUCUUUUAAAGCAUACUGGAUUUGGUUGGGAUGCUGAAACUAACACAGUGCAUGCUCUAGAGGAAAUUUGGCAAAAUUACAUUCGGGCACACCCAAAUGCAAAAAGAUUCCGCUCAAAGGGAUGCCCAAAUUACAACUUGUUGGGAUUGAUCUUUAAUCCAUCAACAGCAACCGGUGCCCUCCACUACUCUUCCACCCAAGAUCCACCAAACACUGAUGAUGAAGAUGAGAUGGAUGACAAUUUGGAACAUGGUGGAGUGCAUGUGGAUGUAGAUAUUGAGAUCCUUGAUGAUCCUCCACAACUAGAAAUGGCAGGAUGAGUGACCACCCGUUCUGGAAAGCGUGUAACUGAUUCUCUAUUAGAGCGUAGAGGUAAGAAAGAAUCCAGAUUAAGUCAAAUGAGAGAUGCUUUGAAAGCUUGGGUUGAGGCAUCAAAGGCUAGAAUAGAAACAUCUCAAGCUAGAACUGAGGCAUUAUUGGCUAGAGUGGAACUAGUAGUGAAGCUACUAGUGGAGGUACCACUGAUUUUAGCAUAACAAGGUGCAUGGCAGCCUUACAAACCAUUGAACUGUUAGAUAAUGACAAAUAUUUAAAAGCUGUUGAGAAAUUCACAAUGCCGGAGUGGAGAGAGAUAUUUAUGAAUAUGCCUGAUGAGAGGAAAAUGGCAUGGCUUGAUUGACUUUAAAUGUGAAUGUUUGGAUGCAUAACUAUUAUGAUGACAUUGUAAUAUGUACUAUUUAUCUUUUGGUUAGAAUCUUUUACCAUGCUCUUUAGUUUGUCAUUGUAUGGAUGUUAUUUAUGGUUAUGAAACUUAUAUUAUAACUA